AUGGAGAACAGUUUCGAGAAAAAUAACAUGCUGAAAGAAUUCUACAUUCCGACCUAUAUUUUCAUGCCAGAAUCCUCGGUGGAGCCAGUUUCUCACAUACCCACCUGUCCAGUGAUUGUUUUUAUCAACACCCGAAGUGGUGGCCAACUUGGACAUAAUUUACUUGUCACAUACCGCAAGCUUCUCAAUCAUGCUCAGGUGUUUGAUCUACUUGAUGAAACUCCAGACAAAGUCUUGCACAAAAUCUACAGCAACGUGGAAAGGCUCAAGCGUGAUGGGGAUACUCUUGCUUCUGAAAUCCAUAGGAGAUUGAGGCUAAUAGUUGCUGGAGGCGAUGGAACAGCCGGCUGGUUGCUUGGAGUUGUAUCUGAUCUCAAGCUAGUUCAUCCACCUCCCGUCGCUACAGUUCCCCUGGGAACUGGAAAUAACCUGCCAUAUUCUUUUGGAUGGGGCAAGAGAAAUCCUGGCACAGAUCGUGAGUCUGUCAUAUCGUUCCUAAAGUUGGUAAAAGAAGCAAGAGAGAUAAACAUUGAUAGCUGGCAUACUGUCAUGAGAAUGAAAUGCCCAAAACGUUCUCCUUGUGAUCCAAUUGCUCCUUCUGAUUUGCCGCAUUCUCUGCAUGCAUUUCACCGUGUGCCAAAGACAGAUCCAGAAGAUAUGGAAUAUUCUUACACAUAUCGUGGAGGGUUUUGGAAUUAUUUCAGUAUGGGAAUGGAUGCACAAGUGUCUUAUGCAUUUCAUUCUCAGAGGAAAUUGCACCCAGAGAAAUUCAAGAAUCAGUUGUCUAAUCAGAAACAGUAUUUGAAGCUGGCAUGCACACAAGGAUGGUUCUGUGCCUCUUUAAGCCAUCCAAUGUCACGGAAUAUUGCUCACCUUGCAAAGGUAAAGAUAAUGAAGAAAUCUGGAAAAUGGGAAACCUUGGAAAUUCCACAGAGGUCGAAACGAUAUGAUGUCAUAAUUCUUCUUCAAAAUAUGGGACUACUUAGUAAUGUUCUGAGCAAGUUUUUAUGCAAAUGCAGUAUCCGGUCCAUUGUCUGUCUCAAUUUACCCAGCUUCUCUGGUGGACUGAAUCCCUGGGGAACACCAAGUAAGAGGAAGCAAAGAAAAAGAGACUUGGUACUGCCUCCACUUGUGGAUGAUGGCCUUCUGGAGAUUGUGGGUUUCAAAGAUGCUUGGCAUGGCCUUGUUUUGUUAUCUCCGAAAGGCCAUGGCACUCGUCUUGCUCAGGCCCAUCGUGUCCGAUUCAAAUUUCACAGAGGUGCAACUGACCAUGCCUACAUGAGAAUCGAUGGUGAGCCCUGGAAGCAGCCUCUUCCACAGGAGGAUGACGGCAAGGUCGUCGUGGAGAUAUCCCACGCUGGGCAGGUCAAGAUGCUCGCGACCAAAGACUGUAUAGCCAAAGGCAUCAACGACUCCCCUGGUAUGGCAACAGCCUGCACAGAUUCCAGCUCCAGCGAUGACUCGGAUGAUGACUUCACAGAGGAGCGGAGGAACUUCGGCGCCGCCUUGUCCUUCCGGUACAUGAAUGAUGUGAAAAAAACAGUAGAAGCUUGA